AAGAAGGUUGCUUAUCUCUUAAAUAGAGAUUUUGAGUUUUGAAUAUAAAAAAAUUGUUAAUAAAAAAUACUUUCAUAAAAACUCAUGAAAUUUUUUAAUCUUUCGGGUAAAAAAAUGUAUAGAGAUUUAACUAACUAACAAAAAAACAAAAAUCACAAUAUACUAAUGAGUAAUGCCAUCAAUAUCCGUGCAAGCUGAGUUUUUGUCUGUUGCACCAUUUUCUCAGUUGCACAUUUUUCCAUAGCUAGUGAAUAGAGUGAUACAGAAACAAGCAGAGCAGCAAAUUGAACCUUAAAACUAUGUGGCUUUUCAAAAGAAAUGGACCAUCUGGGUUUUCGUAUUCCUCCACUGCUGAAGAAGUAACCCAUGGAAUCGACGGCUCCGGUCUCACCGCCAUUGUUACAGGAGCAUCUAGUGGUAUUGGUGCUGAAACUAGCCGUGUUCUUGCUCUGCGCGGAGUUCAUGUUAUUAUGGCUGUUAGGAAUAUGACUGCUGGAAAAGAUGUUAGAGAAGCAAUAGUAAAGGAAAUCCCUGCUGCCAAUGUAGAUGUAAUGGAAUUAGAUCUUAGUUCAUUUGAUUCAGUAAAGAAAUUUGCAGCUGAUUUUAUAUCAUUGGGUCACUCAUUGAACAUCUUAAUUAAUAAUGCAGGCGUGAUGGCAAUUCCCUUUAUGCUCUCCAAAGACAAUAUAGAGCUGCAAUUUGCCACAAAUCAUCUAGGUCACUUCCUUUUGACAAAUUUGUUGUUGGAGAAGAUGAAGGAGACAGCAUCUGAAACAAAGAGAGAGGGAAGGAUAGUCAAUGUUGCAUCAGACGCUCAUUAUGUUACAUAUCGUGAGGGAAUUCUGUUUGACAAAAUUAAUGACCAGGAAAGCUACAGAAAGUUCUCGGCAUAUGGCCAAUCAAAGAUGGCUAACAUACUGUCAACAUAUGAGCUCGCGAAGCGCUUAAAGGAAGACGGUGUGGAAAUAACUGCAAACACACUUAAUCCUGGAGCAAUCUCAAGCAAUCUUUUCCGUCAUAUGACUAUCGUUAAUGGCUUAGUAGGCACGAUUGGAAAACUCCUGCUUAAAAAUGUUCAACAGGGAGCAUCAACCACCUGUUAUAUAGCAUUGAAUCCACAAGUGAAGGGGGUGAGUGGUGAAUAUUUUCAGGACAACAAUUUGGCCACCCCAUCGAAGAAGGCUAGGGACAUGGAUUUGGCUAAGAAACUCUGGGAUUUUAGUAUGGAUUUGGUUAAGUAACAAACAACAUAUCAGUAAGUAAGUAGUGGUGUGCAUUAGCCGGUUUGAUUCGAUUCUAUGUAUUAUCGGUUUUUAUUUUUCAAUAAGCUAAACCAAUAAUAAAAUAAUAAGAUAUUCUUUAUCGUUUAUUAA